UAUCAAACCACAGAAUCAAAAUGAGAGUGAGAGUGGAAAACUAAUUGAAUUGAUCCGGUUCUUUAUACACUUUUAGUUCCUCUCAGAAAUUGAAUCAAAAGUUGAGGCGAAAAAAAAAGUUCCAACUGAAAUUCUGAAGGAAAAAAAAAGAUUUCCAAUCUCAUGAUGAUGGUGAUUAGUUUUAUUUCAUUUUAUUGUUAUGUAAUAUUAUUGUUUCAACUAUCAUAGUGAUUACAUCGUCAUCAUCAUCAAGUUUGAUUGUUAUCCAUUGACUUUUUGAUUUGAUUUCUAUUUUUUUCUUCUUACAUUAUUAUUAUUUUCAGUUUAAAAUCAAACCCUAAAUCCAGUGAACAAAUAAAAACAAAAAGACAACAAAUUGUAUCUUUUAAAAUGUCAUCUCAAAAAGAUUUGCCUCAAUGGACUUCAAUCAGAAUUGAUUUGAUUGUAAUUCUGUUAUUACUUUUACCCUGUGGUAUUCAUGGAGGACAAAAGUUAUCAUUAUCUUUAUCGUCUUCAUCUUUGGACCAAGGGAUAACUUCAACUUCAAUAAUAAACAAUAUACUUGCGGGUGAUGAGGUUGGUAUAUCAGAGACAACUACAUCACCACCACCAAUAUCAUCAUCAUCAUCUUCAUCACCAUCAUCUUCGUCAUCAUCAUCAGUGGAACCAACAACAACAGCAUCUUCGAAUGAUAAUUUUGAAGAAUCUCCUUGGAAUGAAUAUGAAUUCGGUCAACUGGUUCGAGUCCCUAGAAACUUAUCAAAUGGUUCUAAUGAACCUUUCGUUGAAUAUGAAUGGCGAGUUCCAGAUUUUUUCAAAGUUCUCGAAGUUGGUGUACCCUUUGUCCGAUCUCCACUUCACCUUUCUAAGCCUGGUUAUCGAGCUCAACUAUUACUUUGGCCUAACAAUACGUUCACCGAUGGCAGUAGUUAUGUUGGACUAUUUUUCAAACUUAUGACAAGUGAAUACGACGAAACCCUUGAAUGGCCAUUCCAGUUAAAGGCCAAAUUAUCAUUGGUUGAUUUAAUUAACUCCGAUGAAAACUUGGAACACUCGAUAACACCAAACAUUGACCCAUGUCGCUUACGUUCAGUAUUCUUGCGACCAUCACAACAAGACGAUUGGACAUUACAACCUGAUGGAUGUGGCAGCCGACGAGUCAUCUCAUUGCUUAAACUAUUCACUGAAUCUUCACGAUACUUACGAAACGGAACCCUAGUGGUCAGGGGACUUUUCCAGCUCGGUGAUAAAGGGAUAACCCAUGAGACGGCAUCAACUCACCUGCGGCACAAUAAUCUGGUAACCAAACACAUUUGGAAGAUACAAAACUUUACCACCGCCUUUGAAAAGGCCAACACCAAUGGAUCAGUCACCGUCCUUCAAUCUGAACCCUUUUACACCCACCAAGGGGGCUACCUGGUCAAACUAUUCAUGACACUGUUACCCAAGGAUCGGGCCUUUGCAAUCUCAUUGGCACUCAUGCAGGGUGAUUACGAUAGAUAUCUCCAAUGGCCUUUCCCAUAUUCACUUGAAGUUUCAAUAGUUGACCAUUCACCUGAAUAUUGGCGUAAAGAUUACACAAUACUAUUGACCCCUUCAUCAGCUGAUUGUACAUCAUCACCAUUUUUUCAACCAUCAAACUAUUUGGACUUUUGUUUUACCACAAUUCAAUCAUGGCAUUUACUUCAUUUAACACACUAUCGAUUUAUCGUUAAUGAUACAAUGGAAAUUCAAUUGACCACCAAGUUUAAUCAUCUUUCAGGUCGUAAAUCAGCUUCAAUUGGACUUUAUAAAGGUCAACUUGUCUCAGAAUUUACCUGGUCACUUCCAAAUAUAAGAUAUAAAUUAAGUAGAUUUGAUUAUAUGGGAAGAAGUUUAAAAACAUUCACAAGUCCAGAAUUUUAUACCAAUGGUCAAGGAUAUUUGAUGCAAUUAUCUUUACGAUUAAAUUCAACUGGACCUUCAAAAGGUGACAUUGGACUGGAGACAACAUUGAUUGAAGGGGAAUAUGAUAAUCUACUUACCUGGCCUUUUAACCACACCUAUCAGCUGAUGAUUAUUAAUCAAGCAAAUGAGUAUUCAUCUAAUGAGGGAUUAAUUGUUUACAAUAGAACGGAAAUUGUGACCUCAGCUCGAGAAGAGGAAAUGAGCGUUACCAUCGUACCAUCAAACACUACAACUCAUGAGUGUCCAAGAAGGUCAUUCAUCAAGCCCAUUGAACGGAAUCCAUCUUGUGGUAGGAAAAAGUUGAUCACUUUUACCCGAAUCAAUAGAUCAGCUGAUGAUGAUACAAUUAAAUUUGGUAAUCUCUUGAUUAAGGCGAGAAUAUUUUUAUAACCUUCUAAUGACAAUUAACUUAAAAUUACUUACUAAUCAAAAAGAUCAAUUCUGUCACAGUUUAACAAUUAAUUUAAUAUAAAAACUUUCGGACAAUUAAAAAACCCUUUGAUUAUUUUGACGAUUGUUCAGUUUUUCAUUUCAAAAAUACAUAAAAUAAGACAAAAAAAUCAAUCAUAAUCAAAUUUAAUUUACUUCAUUGUUGGAUAUUAAUUGUUUUCACUUUUGAUUUAAUGGAUGACAGUUAAUGACAGUAUUAAAUUAACUUGAUUACUGUCAAGUGAAAGUUGAAACAUUAACAAUUGGCUGAUAAUUAAAUUGAAUAAACAUAUUUGACAUUA